AAGGCGCACAACCCAACACAGCGACGGCAAAGAAACAGUUAAAAGCUGAAAUUUGAACUCGCCGGCAGCGAAAUGGUGAACUCCGGCGACGGAGUAGACGAGUCGUACCGAGCACUUCCGUCGCUCUACUUGACCUUCUUGUCGAUCUGGUUCCUCUCCGCUUGCUCCUGGACCGCCUACACCUACAAAACCCGCCAUUUUCAGUGGAAUAAUUUGCAGUGGGCACUUACGGUGGUUCCGUUGAUUAAAGCAUUGCAGCUCAUGCUAUCCUUCCUCUUCUGGUAUUCUUGCUUCAACUAUCAGACAUGCUCUUUGUGGAUGUCAUUUGGGGUGUAUGUAACAGGGGUGCUAUUUCAGACAGCAGCUUUUGUCUCCUUUUUGCUCAUUUCUCAUGGUUACUGCAUCAUGUGUGAGCGUCUUUCUUUAAGUGAACGCCGUUCCACUGCCGCACUUGCAUGUGUCUUUUACUUGACUCUAGUUGGGUACAAGGCUUCUGUGCCAUACUUCACCGUGCUUCUACUCCUAAAUUAUGUUAUAUCAUUCUAUAUAAUAUUCCACCAUAUAUCUCAAAACCUGCUAGUGUUGCGAGAACAAUUGAGCAUUAUAGUAAAUGACGAUGUUCAAGCAAUGCAUGAUGCCGUGUAUAAGAAGUACAUAAUGUUCAAGAAAUUUCAGGGAGCAAUGCAGAUGGUUGCUAUGGCAGAAACUAUGAUAUAUAUGAACAUGGAUGACUCCUCACAGAAUUACUGGCUUCGCUUAUUGAUCAGAGAAUGGGUACAAUUCUGCAUAUUUGGGUAUAUUGGAUGGAUUUUCAGAUCACAAGAUUUGGCACCACACUUCUCUGUUAUGCCAACCACAAAGUGUAAAGGCGAGACUCUGGUGCCUCCCAUCUACAGCCUUGAAAUGGACGCAUCAACGUUUAAAGAAUUUAGCAGUCAUGAAUGGCACAUUGGGGUGCCAACUUGUACUUUUCAUGAUGAAAGUUCCAAAAAAGAUGUUCUUGUUAUCAUUCAGCAUCCUCGAGCACAAAGGCUAAGAAAGCUCGAUGCCUUCUCUCAAAGCGCUAACUGUUUGUAGUGUCAGAUCUCAAUACACAUUCAUCUUCAUGCCAAAUGUAACAAAGUCAGCUAAAUGAUCCAAGAUACAAGCAUUACUUGCUUAUGCCUUUCUCUUGCAGCUAGCAUGGGCAUGAUAGUUUUAUUUGUCUUUAAUUAUUAAUUAUUAAUUACAGCAAUUUUCUCAGUUUAGGAAUCACGAUGUAAGGGUAAAGCAGUGGGUUUUAGCUCAUUAACCACAGUUUAGAGGUUAGAGGCAGCUGCAAAUAUGUAUCAGUACAUCAUUAAAGUAGUAUCAAAUGUGUAUAUAUUCUUUUUGAUUCCA